AUGUACUGCAAAUGCAAAUGGCAGUUCAUAAGCCUUCCCUGGCAGGGAAUCCCUGUUGCUUGCAUUGCGUCGUCAUACUCGACUCCCCUUCACUUCCUUUCACAUGCCGUCCCCUCACCUACAGACCGAUGCGCCAGCAAGAUUUGCAGCGAGAACACCACGUGCAUUCUAGAUAGUGCAGGAGCAGCGGUCUGUGUUUGCAAACCCGGCUUUCUUCCGCAGCCUGAUGGCGUGACAUGUGCUGGUACGUUCCGAUGCCCCGCCACAUGUGGGAGCUGCCCUGCAGGAGCCACGUGCACUGUUGCUUUUGGCUACAUUCCAUACUGCAUCUGCCCUCCCAGCUAUGGCAUGACCAGCACCGGCUGCGUCAGCGGCGCCACCCCCACCGUCUCCUCCACCAGCAUCACCUUCUACGAUCAGCCCAACUACACCAUCACGCCCACCACCUUCACCACGCGCCUUGACUUCAACGCCUGCACCACCCUCCCUGCCUUGGUUGCCUCGAGAGUGCGAUCGUAUCUGCGCAUAGACGGGGCUCCUGGAGGGCUGGGGGAGUGUGUGGCUCUCAACCAGUACAGCCAGGAGGGGUGUGCUGGAGCGUACACUUCGUGUGCUAACAAGAUCUGUGGGGGCAACGGCACAUGUGUUCAGGACAGUGCCGGAGUGCCCACUUGUGUCUGCAACGCUGGCUUUCUUCUGCAGCCCGACGGUUGCCCCUCUCGUUCUUUCUCUCUUCCAUGCGCUCUCUCGUCCCUCUUUGUUGCUUCUGUCCCUAAACCUUGUGUCCACUUCACUCCCUUUCAUUCUCCUCCCACAGAGGCGUGUGGGACCAAGAUCUGCGAUCCCACAACUGACUGUGUGAGGGAUGCUGCAGGCGGUGCAACCUGUCCUCUGUGCUUGCGUGUGCUCCAACCUGAUGUGCCAUGCUGUGCUGCUCCAUGCCGUGAUGUGCUGGGCGGUGCCGUGCAGCUCUUCUCGUCUCACUUCCCCAUCUUCCCAGGCCCCGCGGCCCCACCACAUGUGGGAGCUGCCCUGCAGGGGCCACGUGCACUGUUGCUUUCGGCUACAUUCCAUACUGCAUCUGCCCUGCCGGCUAUGGCCUCACCAGCAUCGGCUGCAUCAGCGGUAAGCCCAACAACACUUAUUGCACCCCCCCUCACUCCUUUCCCUGCCAACCCCUCUCCCUUCUCUCGUACCCGCUUGUGUUCACUGUCCACUAACAAUACCGUUUACACCCCUGCCAUCCUGACUUGUAUCGUCCCCUCUGUCUCUUCUUCCACCAUGCAGGCUGCUCUGCAUGCCUUUGCCCGUGCCCUGCCCACCGUCUCCUCCACCAGCAUCACCUUCUACGAUCAGCCCAACUACACCAUCACGCCCACCACCUUCACCACACGCCUUGACUUCAACGCCUGCACCACCCUCCCUGCCUUGGUUGCCUCGAGAGUGCGAUCGUAUCUGCGCAUAGACGGGGUUCCUGGAGGGAUGGGGGAGUGUGUGGCUCUCAACCAGUACAGCCAGGAGGGGUGUGUUGGAGCGUACACUUCGUAUAACGGCAUGUCAACACCGACUGGAAUGGGUGCUGUGGGUUACGUGUAA